AUGCUGCUCCUCAUCGCCCUGGUCGCACCGAAUGAGCCUGGAGCGACGCACGGGCCGAGCACGCUGCAGCGGCUGCUGCAGGUGCGGGACAUGCGGGGCUGCACGGCGGUACACUGGGCAGCCUACAAGGGAGACAUGCCAGCGCUACAGCCGGGGGAACUCAGCGAGGAGCAGCAUUGGAGGCUUUUGGAUUACUUCGACGCAGACUUCACCGCCCUGGACGAUGAAAAGAUGACGGCGCUGCAUCGCGCAGCGCAAGGGCAGCAGGAGGAGGUCAUUGGAUUGCUCUUGGAUCGAG